AUGCCGCAUGAGGUCUCUUCUCCAAGCCCGGGGUUGUCGUCGCCCACCCCAGUGGAUGAGACGCACGACGAUAACCUUCAUCGACACGCAUCCGAGCCUGGCCGUCGUCCAUCUUCGUCCGGAAGGGGACUGCGACGCAUCGAGUCCAGAGAGCAGAGGAUCGGCACAAUACUCGAGAGAGGCCUAGCCCGAGCCCAAACGAACAAAUCCGAUCCCACGACGCAAUCGACGACCACACGCAUGGAGCCGUUACUUAGCAAUGCCCCGCGGCAAAGACAGUAUCAAAACGACACUAGCGACGACGAUGGCCUGGACAUCGGCGGCCCGGGACGAAAUGGGGGCGCCAGUAAGCCCCGGGACUCUGGUUCACAGCCGAACUACCAGACGAUAAACGCACAGCAGCAGCAAGGCAGCAGGGCUAGCGCAGACAGGUCGACCAUACACAGGCGUUCUACCGCCAGCAAUCACAACAGGAGGCGGGGUACCGCUGGGAACACCGCGGGCCAGAAAGAUGCUGAAGCUGAUGGACAUAAGAACGAGGAGGAAAGCGAUGGCGAUGGCCUCUUGGCCAGGGUCAAAGCCACAAUGGCUAUGUUCACAUCAGUGGAGCUGGACAACAAAGGCAGUGUGGCCAGAGAUCACCUCGCUUUGGAGCGGACGUUUUUGGCAUGGUUGCGAACGUCUGUCUCUUUCGCUUCGAUCGGAAUAGCCGUCACACAACUUUUCCGUCUCAACACAUCAAUAAAUACCGGCAGGGGACGUGAUGGAGAGACCGGUCAUGACUUGGCCGAGCUCCGCCGGCUGGGGAAACCUCUUGGUGCUGCUUUCCUAGGGAUUAGCAUUCUGAUCCUCUUCCUGGGCUAUGGGCGCUACGUUCGUGGACAACGAUGGGUUAUGGCAGGCCGGUUUCCCGCGUCACGUGGAACUGUGAUCAUCGUGACUCUGCUUACGUUUACUGUCAUGAAAAAUCGCAACCUGCGCAGAGAUCAGCUUGACGCGAAAGAGCUUCCAAAAAUACCCAAGAGCCCAAACUCGGUCAUGUUGGUGGCAGAGCAGGUGCCGGCGUUUGCGGCCGCACAGCUGUCCCUCCUCGCCGCGGAGCAGGAGGCAGAGGCAGCUGGGGCGGCCGAGCUGAUAAGUGGACACACCCCCGCGGCUCUGCAGCGGGCCGGCGCCGCCCUCACCAAUUUGACUGUGCAGGGCCGGCGCACGGGUGCCGGAGGCAGGACGGUCAUGGAGCUCUCGUCGGACCCGGCCGUCGGCGGGAGCGAACUGCCCGAGCAUGGCCUGCGCGUUGGCGACGUCGUGUUAGUCGCCGAACAACCAGCCGGGUCGGCCAAGAAGCGGGAGGCGCGCGAGCUGGAGCGCAGCGGCGUGCGCGGCGUCGUCACCCGGGUCCGUCGCUCGGACCUGAGCGUCGCCCUCGACGCGCCCGACGACAAGUCAGGCGCUGCCGGCAAGGAGGAGAAGGGCCUCGCUGGGAGGGUCUGGGUCGUCAGGCUGGCUGAUGAUGUUACAUACCGUCGCAUGACAUGGACUAUGGAAAAGAUGCAGAAGAUGGUCGAUGCAGAACACUCCAGCUUUAUUCGUGUCCUGUUCGGCCACAGUUCUCCGUCGCCGGUUCCAUCCAACUUGGAGACGGAUCCCGACUUUGGCAAGCUGGAGUGGCUCGACCCAACCCUCAACGACUCCCAAAAGGAUGCUAUACGCUUUGCUUUGGCUUCUCAGGAAAUAGCGUUGAUACACGGUCCUCCAGGGACCGGCAAAACCCACACCCUGAUCGAGCUUAUCCUCCAAAUGCUCAAGCGAGGGCUGCGCAUCCUCGUCUGUGGCCCCUCCAACAUCUCGGUGGACAACAUUGUCGAGCGCCUGGCGCCACACAAAGUUCCCAUAGUGCGACUCGGCCACCCCGCCCGGCUCCUGCCAUCAGUUGUUGGUCACUCCCUUGACGUGCUGACCCAGACGUCCGAGGCGGGUGCCAUUGUGCGAGACGUCCGCGCCGAGAUGGACGCGAAGCAGGCCUCCAUCAAGAAGACAAAGAGCGGGAGGGAGCGCAAGGCCAUCUACGGGGAGCUUCACGAGCUGCGCAAGGAGUUCCGCGACAGGGAGAAGAGGUGCGUCGCGAAUCUAUUGCAGUCCAGCAAGGUCGUGCUGGCGACCCUGCAUGGCUCCGGUGGCUUUCAGCUCAGGCAGGAAAAGUUCGACGUGGUCAUCAUCGACGAGGCAAGUCAGGCCCUGGAAGCACAAUGCUGGGUGGCAUUGCUCUCGGCCAAGAAGGCUGUCCUUGCUGGCGAUCAUCUGCAACUGCCUCCAACAAUCAAGUCUUUGAACUCAAAAAUUGCCAAACCGGUCAUCGGUGGCGACGGCACCGGAGCCGCAGAAGGAGAAGAGAGCCCCGCAGGCCAGAGCCGGAAGAAGAAAGGGGUCACGCUCGAGACGACCCUGUUCGAUCGACUUUUGGACCUCCACGGGCCUGCCAUAAAACGCAUGCUGACAACGCAAUACCGCAUGCAUGAAAAAAUCAUGCGGUUCCCAUCGGACGAACUGUACGGCGGCAAGCUGGUCGCAGCAGAGGCCGUCAAGGAGAGACUACUCAAGGAUCUGCCCUACGAGGUCGAGGACACGGACGACACGCGCGAGCCCCUGAUAUUCAUCGACACCCAGGGCGGAGACUUUCCCGAGCGCAGCGACGAGAUGGAUAGCGGUGACGCCGACGACAAGAAGAAAACCAAGCGGAUGCUGCUCCACGGGGAGAGUAAGAGCAACGAGAUGGAGGCGGCCCUGGUUGCCCAGCACGUACGUUCGCUUGUCGAUGCUGGGGUCAAGCCCGAGGAUAUUGCCUGCAUAACACCCUAUAACGCUCAGCUCGCAGUCCUGGCGCCGUUACUCAAAGAUCGGUUCCCGGGAAUCGAGCUCGGCAGCGUCGAUGGGUUUCAGGGGCGAGAAAAGGAGGCUGUGGUUGUCAGCUUGUGUCGCAGCAACCCCGAUGGUGAGGUUGGCUUUCUCGGGGAGAAGAGGCGGCUGAAUGCGGCCGUGCGAGACUAUACAUGGAAAGUGCUCGGCGGACGUGCCGUGCAGUAUUUCAAGAAGUCAAAAUGCGGGAGAAUUGCCAUGACGAGACCAAAGCGCUCUCUCACCGUCAUCGGUGAUUCCGAGACACCUUCGGUUCUUAUUCCGGGUUUGAUAGCGGGAGCAAUUUUCUCAAGCGAUGGAUGGAACAUUUGGAAGAAAAUGCCGACCUCAGGUAUCCGGAUGUCUCAACAAUACAAGCCCCCACACGUCAACCAGAUGUUGAUGCGAAAGGUAGAGAGAGAGGAGAGACAGAAAGAGAGAGAGAGCCAAUGGUCGGACGAAAGGUCAAGAUUCGGUCAAUUGUCCCGAGAAAAAUGUUCUCGUGGUACGGGUGUUGCAACCGAAAGGGGGCCGUUAGAGAGGGAAAAGAUUGGAAUGUUUUUCCUUUUAUCAGACGAAAGGGACAAAGAAAAAAAAGAAAAAUGCUAC